AUGAAGGGUCGUCCCUGGACAGUCUCAAUUGCUUUGCCAGGAAGUAUUCUCGAUGGAUCGCUGACCGUGGAACUUAAAACAUACCUCGUUGGUCAGAUUGCAAGAGCAUGUGUGCUAUUCAACGUAGAUGAGAUUGUCAUCUAUAAUGAGUCUGCAAAAGGCCUGUCCAAGGAAGGAGCAAUUGGCAAAGACGACUACUUACCUAAAUCUGAUCCAAAUCUCUUUAUGGGACGGGUUCUUCAGUAUCUUGAAACACCACUCUACCUCCGGAAAUUACUCUUCCCUAUGCACAGAGAUCUGAAAUUCGCAGGACUGUUGAACCCAUUAGAUCCACCCCAUCAUGUUCACCAAGAUGAACGUUCCUUAUUUAGAGAAGGGGUAGUUAUUCGAGCCAGGGAUCAAAAGUACUCAAUCGUCAACUGUGGCAUGCGGAAAGAAGUUUUGAUUGAUCGAUUGGUCCCCACCGGCUCCAGAGUUACAGUUCGGAUCCAUGGUGCAGAAAAGGAUAAGAAAAAGAUGGACAAACACUCAAAAACUGCAGCAGCAAUUGCUGCCAUGGAGGCUAGUCUGCUAGAAGGAUCAGAUGACAAUAAGGCGGCACUACAAAAGUACUUUAUGGGCACUGUGGUAUCGCCAAAGACCCCGAGGGAAGAGACAGGGUACUACUGGGGAUACCAAGUCCGAUUGGCAGAUUCUAUUUCCAAGGUCUUCACAGAAUCACCUUUUCCUAAUGGAUACGACUUGACCAUCGGUACAUCGGAUAAGGGUACACCUAUUUCUUCAGAAACGGCUUCAAGUAUCUCCAACUUUUCACAUGCGUUGGUUGUCUUUGGAGGCGCAACAGGCAUUGAGACUGCAGUUGAGGCGGACGAAGACCUGAAAUGUGAUGCGGACGAAGCAAAAGACAUGUUUGACUUCUGGCUCAACACAUGCCCAUCCCAAGGAAGCCGAGUCAUUAGGACAGAAGAAGCAAUUUUGAUCACCAUGGCUACUCUGCAGGGUACCCUAGCAUCCAAAGGGGUCUGA